UUCUACUAGAAGUAUAUAAAUCGCAAACUUCCUUAAGCCAUUGCGGAUAUAAAGCCUUGAGAGUUGAGAAUAAGUGAUCUCGAAUUCCUUAUUCACUUUUAGAACACAAGAGGGCAAGAAGAACAUUUACAUAGUGGAGAAAAUGGAAUCCAGUUUGACAAAACUUCAUGCUGUUUGUGUUCCAUAUCCAGUACAAGGCCACAUAAAUCCGAUGUUGAAGUUAGCAAAAAUACUUCAUCAAAAAGGAUUUCACAUCACUUUUGUCAACACAGAAUUCAACCACAAACGUCUGCAAAGAUCGCGAGGUCCUGAUUCCGUUAAUGGCUUUCCCUCUUUCCGAUUUGAAUCCAUUCCAGAUGGCCUUCCUCCUUCAGAUGUUGUUGUUGAUGCCUCUCAAGACAUUCCAUCCCUGUCCGAAUCAACAUCUAGAGAUUGCAUUGAUCCUUUUAAGGAACUUCUUGCAAAACUAAACCAAUCCGCUUCUUCAUCACAAGUUAAUCCACCAGUUUCUUGCAUAGUUUCUGAUGGAGCCAUCAGUUUCACCCUUGAAGCUGCUGAGGAAUUUGGCAUUUGUAACGUCCUUUUUUGGGCUACAAGUGCUUGUGCUUAUUUAGCUUUUAUGCAUGAUUCUAAGGUCGUUGAGAUGGGGAUAACACCGCUCAAAGAUGCAAGUUAUUUGACAAAUGGGUAUCUUGAGCAAACUCUGGAUUUGAUUCCAGGAUUGGAAGGCAUUCACCUGAGAGAUUUUCCAAGUUUUAUAAGAACCACAAAUCCAGAUGAUACCAUGAUCAAAUUCUUCCUCCAAGAAACAGAGAGAGACAAGAAGGCUUCUGCAAUUAUAUUGAACACGUUCGAGGAACUCGAAUUCAAUGCAAUUCAAGCUCUUUCAUCCAUUCUUCCUCCAAUCUACUCCACUGGGCCACUAAAUCUUCUCCAAGAAUUGGUCGAUCAAGAUGGAAGCUUAUCUCAAUUGGGAUCGAAUCUUUGGAAAGAAGAAACAGAGUGUUUCCAAUGGCUUGAUGAUAAGGAACACAAAUCUGUUGUUUCUAUGAACUUCGGCAGCAUCACGGUUAUGACAUCUGACCAGCUUUUGGAAUUUGCUAGGGGAUUAGCAAACAGUAAAUAAACAUUUCUGUGGAUCAUUAGGCCUGAUCUUGUGUCUGGCAAUUCAGCAAUUCUUCCUCCUGAAUUCUUGGAGGAAAUCAAGGAUAGGGGCUUGUUAGCCAGUUGGUGUCCUCAGGAACAAGUUCUUAAGCACCCUUCAAUUGGAGGAUUCUUAACGCACAGCGGAUGGAAUUCCACCAUUGAAAGUAUUAGUUUUGGAGUUCCUAUGAUUUGUUGGCCUUUUUUUGCUGAUCAACAAACCAAUUGUUGGUAUUGCUGCACUAAGUUGGGAAUUGGAAUGGAAAUAGACAAUAAUGUGAAUAGGGAUGAAGUUGAGAGACAGGCUAGAGAGUUAAUGGUUGGAGAAAAAGGAAAAGAUAUGAAGCAGAAAAGUUUGGUGUUGAAAAGCAAGGCCGAAUAAGCAGCCAAAACCGCCGCUGGUUCUUCUCGCAGAAAUUUGGAUGAGGUGAUCAAAUUAAUUAUGUCCAAAUAAUUUAAAAAAUAACGGUUUAAGUCAUGAUAUUAUUAAAUUAUCUUUGCUUUGGACUACUUGUUGUAAUGAUCACCGAUUUGUCUUGUUGACAUAACUAGAUAUUAAACAUGCACGAUGUGUGUGAUUUAUUUAUAUACAUUUUUAAAAGGUUAUAAUAAAAAAUAUAAAAAGUGUACAAUAU